GCUACUAUUAAUUUCUUCACCACAUAUCCUUAUCCUUUUUCCCGAGUCGGAUAUUCCUUAUUUUGCGGAUCCCAUAUUGACUCAGAGACCCACAAAGCUUUCCUGGUGCUACCCUUUGAAUGAGUCUGUUUCCUAUGAUUCUGUCUCUAGGUCUGUAGAUUAGAUCAGAAUUGAAUCCAAGUGGUGCAGAAUUCAGAGCAGCAUUUGGUGUCCAAAAGAAGAGGAGUAAUAGGAGAGAGGUGAUAAAGGUGUCAAGAAUGGGGAUACCUGGUGUUGAUGGAGAAUUGAAGAAGAUUUUGAACGCUAACAUGGACGAAGUUGGUGCUAGAAGGCGUGCACGUGAGGCUUUCAAGGAUAUUCAGCUUGGAAUUGAUCAUAUAUUGUUUAAGACCCCAUGUGAUGGAAUAAAAAUGGAAGAGUCAUAUGAGAAGAGCUCAAAGGGCCUAGAAAUCUUCUGCAAAAGUUGGCUUCCUAGUGCAUCUAAGCCAAAAGCAGCAGUGUUUUACUGUCAUGGUUAUGGAGACACUUGCUCCUUUUUCUUUGAAGGAAUUGCUAGAAAGCUGGCAUCAUCUGGAUAUGCAGUUUUUGCCAUGGAUUAUCCAGGAUUUGGUCUCUCAGAAGGACUCCAUUGCUAUAUUCCCAGUUUUGAUGGACUUGUUGAUGAUGUCAUUGAGCAUUACUCAAAAAUCAAAGAAAAUCCAGAGUUCCAUUCUCUUCCCAGCUUCCUAUUUGGACAGUCCAUGGGUGGAGCUGUUGCAUUAAAGAUACACCUGAAACAGCCUAAGGCAUGGGAUGGUGCAAUUCUUGUUGCGCCUAUGUGUAAAAUUGCAGAUGACAUGGUUCCUCCAAAAUUCCUCACUCAUAUCCUGAUUGGUUUAGCCAAUGUUUUACCGAAGCAUAAGUUAGUUCCAAACAAGGAUUUAGCAGAGGCAGCAUUCAGAGAUUUGAAGAAGAGGGAACUGACUGCUUACAAUGUUAUUGCUUACAAGGAUAAACCACGUUUGCAGAGUGCUGUAGAAAUGCUUAAAACUACUGAAGAAAUAGAACGGCGACUGAAAGAAGUUUCUCUACCAUUAUUCAUCCUUCACGGGGAGGCUGACACUGUGACAGAUCCAUCAGUGAGCAAAGCCUUGUAUGAGAAUGCAAGCUGUUCAGACAAGAAGCUUCAGCUUUACAAGGAUGCCUACCAUGGUCUUCUUGAGGGUGAGCCUGAUGAAAUAAUAACUCAAGUUUUUGGUGACAUCAUAUCUUGGCUGGAUGAGCACAGCUUGAAACACAAUCAAUCUUCCUCUUAAUACCGAUUAAUUAAUUUUGCCAUCUCUUAAUCCAAAAGAUGAAUAUUCAUUCAGCUUGUUUUCAGCAAUGGAAAAUAGAAAGCUGCUAUUGUUUCCAUAAAAGUAGAGUAUCGAAUUUUGAAGUUGUCUUUUGUUUGCAACUUAGUGAGUUACUAGACCAUAACCUUGUUCUAUGUAAAUAACAUACUUUUUUGGAUAAGCUAUGUAAAUAACAUAACAUAUAAUGUUCAUAUCUUUACAUAACAAUGAAAAGAAAAGGAAAUAUACUGGGAACACAAAA